UAGACCGCGCAUGCGUUGAUCUCGCGGCCAGGCCUGAAGUGAACGAUGAGAGACGGGAAUGUAUGGCGCUGUGUCUAUCGAUUUUAUGAGCGGCCGGUGUUAGCACGCUACAUUGUACCGAGGGGCCUUCCUCGUCAGACCGGCAUUCUUAGAAGUCAGCUCUUUGUUGGGCCCAUCGAAGCCUCGCCCCCAUCGUUUCCUUUUGUUUCCCCCGCCCCUCUAGUGGGAAAAAAAAAUCAAUAUGGCAGGGGCCUGGAUGUGCCAGUGACACAAUACGAGAGGAUUUAUAAUGCUGAAGAGUACGGGAUAUUUUCGGGCAGUGGAAUGUCCGUUCAGGAAGGCUUGCCGGCGUCCCCAUUGUCACUUCAGACACCGAGGAAGAGGGCUCGUGACUUGUGAGGGGGGACAGGCCCGGAACGGGGCAGAAUAUGAUCCUUAUAGCCCUGAACUUCCACCUGCACCUGUCGGUCCGGAUGAGGACUUCUCUGGGGCUGCUCAUGAGACCUGUAAUGAUACUCUUGAACUUGAGAGAGUUAAUAAAGCCAUUGAAGAAGUCAAGAGUGAGGUGGAAAGAGAGCAGAGAAAAUAUAAAGAACUGCUGGAGAUAAAGAAAGAGUACAUCCCUAGUCAAAAAAGAUCGGUUAAGUCUGUCAAUUCCCAUUUAGAAUACAGUCCAGUUGGCUCAGGAAGCAGUGCUUUAUCUUAUAAUCCCACACUGCUGUCUCAUUCAGCUAAACCAUGCAAAUACACGCUUGAUGAUUGUGAAAAUGAAACCAAUAAAAGACGUUCCAUGGAAUAUAUUCCAACAGCAAUUCCAAAACGCAUUGUCAAAAAGUAUGUUAUUGAUAACUCAAAGCCUUCCACAGAUAUGGAGUACGAUCCCAUGUCAAACUAUUCUGCUAGACUUUUAAACAAAGCUACACGUCAAAAAGGAACUAAAAGCCCUAGAGAAAGACAGGAUGAAGGUUGUGCUCCUCCUGCCAAGAAGGUACGUAGGCAAUCCUCUGAUCUGCUAUUAGAAGCUACGUUUUCUGACUCGGAAGAUGAUUCUGGUUCUGUCUUGUCGCUUAAUAAAAGCAUCUUGCGGACUGAAAUUAAGGAUAAAUCUGCACAGGCGGUGAUUGAUAUUUCUGUGCAUUCUAACAUAGAUGAUGUUAAACAACUUAAAAAAUGCAAGAGCAAAGCGCAUGCUAAAAAAGAUAGCCUUGUGGAUUCCAAAAGUAAGAAGAAAGAAUUUGUUCCUGGGCCACCAAUGUGUGCAGACUCAGACAAGAGUAAAACCUUCAGUAAAGAACUAAAGAAAGAAAAAAAAAGUUUGUCAAAAAAGUCUGAAAUGGCAACUGUAAAAAACAGAAAGUUGGAAAGUGAUAAAAAAACAAGAAAAGCUAGCAUACUAUCUGAAAAGAAUGCCCGGUUAAAUACAGACAUUUCAGCAGUUAAAAACAGAGAAAAAAGUCAAAGUAAAGCCAAAAAGGAAAAGGCUAAUUUGUCAUUUAAAGAAUCAAGUCAUGGAGCAGGAGAUAACGGUGGAAAGUAUAAAGUAAAAUCAGAAUCCCAUGAAAAAUCUAAAGAACUCACUGAAAGGGUGUUGAAAACUAGAACAAAGCAGAGAACUUUGAGUCACGUGGAUUUAUUUGGUGAUGAAAGCAGUGAAGAAGAAGGGAGAAAAAAGAAUAUAAAUAGAAAUUCUCGUUGUGAAAAGGGUACAAAUAGUAAAGAGAGGAUCACAAGCUCCUCCCGUAGAAGUUCAACAUCUUCUCAGGACUCCUCCGAAAUAGACUAUUCCAUUCUUGAAAAAAACUUGGACUUGGACUCGGACCCUGACCUUGACCCAAUGGAGGAAUGUCUGAGAGUAUUUAAUGAGUCUCAGGAUGUUAAGACUGAAGAUAAAGGAAGGAAAGGAAAGCAGCUGAAUGAAGAUGAUGCAGAGAAAUCUGGACAUAAUUUUACAUCACCACCCCCCGGGCAGAAGAAAAGGAUUUCUCAUGUUAAUCAUUCCAAUCAUGCUGAUUUAUCCAGUAAACAUGUUGUCCGUCCAUAUCGCCGUCCCACACCACAAGAAAUUUGUUAUCAGAGAAUUCAGAAGGCACAGGAGCAGGCGGCACAACUUAUGUCUCAGAAGGCACAGGAGCAGGCGGCACAACUUAUGUCUCAGAAGGCACAGGAGCAGGUGGCACAACUUAUGUCUCAGCAGAAAUCCAGUCGACUGAACAGCAGUGUUCAGAAGUCCCCCCUGUCUCUGCCAGGAGAUGCAAAACGAAUUGCUCGUGUGCCAUCCUCUCAGUCUUCCACCACUUGUCAAUUGCUUUUGCCAGAGAGAAAGAGAACAUUAUCAGCAAAUAGUGCUUCGACAGCUGCUCUCAAGAUGCAAACUCUUACUGGCAUGGCAUCAAAAACCAGCUCCACAACUGUACAAAAAAGACAAGCACAUAUACCAUCACUUAAGAGUGCCGCCCUGAAGAGGCCAGUCAUUCCCACUGAAUAUGGAGCAAAAGUACCAACUAGUAUUCGUCAGCGUUAUUUGAACAUCUUUAUUGAUGAAUGCUUAAAAUGUUGUGUUUCGGAAAAGGAAGCAUUUGAUAAGGCCCUUGAAGAAGAAAAGUUAGUGUACAGUCGUAGCAGCAGCCGUAAUAUUUAUCUGAAUGUAGCUGUCAACACUCUGAAGAAACUAAGAAGUCAAGGACCUGUGAACAAAGCUACUUCUCAAAAAGUUACUAACAAGAAAGCAAUUUCCCAUAAGUCUAUUCUUGAUGGAAAAUUGGCAACAAAGACCAGCUUCACUGUACAACCUAGUGUUCAUCAAGAGGAAGAUAGGACAGACGUAACACUCUACAAAUCGAUGAAGAAUUAUAUCCUGACCCCUGAGCAGUUGAAUGAACAUGGCUAUCCCUUGGCACACCCUGAGAAACCUGGGAAAGCUGUUGUUUUUACAACAGAGGAAAAGAAAAGCCCAGCUGCCUCCUGCCGAAUAUGCUGCCGUUGUGGGGUAGAGUAUACGGUGACGCAAAGUGGAUGCUCCAUACGCCAAGAGGAGUGUGUUCAUCACUGGGGUCGUCUCAGAAGGCAGAGAGCACCUGGAGGUUGGGAAACUCAGUAUAGUUGCUGCUCUAGUGGAGUUGGAUCACCUGGAUGCCAAGUAGCCAAGCAACAUGUGCAAGAUGGUCGUAAGGAAAAUCUGGAUGGAUUUGUGAAGACCUUUGACAAGUUGAAUGAUUCUGAGAGCCCUGGAGUAUAUGCUUUGGAUUGUGAAAUGUGUUACACCACUAAAGGAUUGGAGCUAACACGUGUUACUGUCAUAAACUCGCAACUGAAGGUGGUGUAUGACACUUUUGUACAACCAGACAACAAAAUAGUGGACUAUAACACCAGGUUUUCUGGUGUUACUGAAGAAGAUCUCGAAAACACAAGAAUAACUCUUCGAGAUGUUCAAGCAGUUUUGCUCUGCAUGUUCAGCUGUGACACUAUAUUAUUAGGCCAUAGCUUGGAAAGUGACCUUUUUGCACUAAAGCUAAUUCAUCUCACCGUAGUUGACACAGCUGUUGUUUUUCCACAUCGUCUGGGUCUUCCAUACAAGCGUGCACUUCGUUCAUUAAUGGCAGAUCAUCUGAAACGUAUCAUACAGGAUAGCGUUGAAGGACAUGAUUCCAGUGAAGAUGCUUGUUCUUGUAUGGAACUAAUGUUGUGGCGUAUAAAAGAAGAUGCUAAACUUAAGCGAUGAUUCAUUGAAGCGUCAUUGUUGAAACAUUGAACUAUAGGUUUAACGCAAUUACCACAAACUUGAAGCUGUAACACAUCCGAUUACUUCACAAAUAUGAAGACUGUGUAUUGUUUUGACCUUCAGGAAAAAAAAAUGAAUUUUGUAAAGGUGAUUGAAACAUUGGGCUGUUUAAAAGCGUGGAAAGAAUGUUUAAUUAUAUCUGUCCUAUCAUCAAAUUAGCAAGGUCAGUGGAAAAAAUGCAUGUUCACUCGUUUUCUCUGCUGACAGCACCCAAUGUCUAAAUGCCUAAAGUUACAAUCUCUCUGAAGGAGGAGUUGGUCGCAUUCACAGUUAUCUAUACAAAAGUGUGCACAACUGUACAGAAAUUGAGAUAUCCUUCUUCAUUUGUUUAUUUAUAUAACUACCUUGCGACUUAUCGCUUUUUUCUCCAAAAUUGGCACCAAAAUGACAGUAUUUAUUUAUUUUUUUUGGUGGAUUCAUGGACCAGAAGUAAACUGGUUAAGUUAACCAGUGAAGUGUUCGAACAUAUCAUCCUCUUCUAUAACACAUAUAUUUUAAAUAUGAUAAGUACUGAUUAUAUUCUAAAACUUUUACAUAUCUGUCUGUGAAUUAAAAUCUCUUACAAAAGUCAGUUUCUGAAUUAUUCUAGGGAGUUAUCCUUUUGAUAUUUUUUCCUUUUUUCCCACAGAAAUAUUGAUUGGCAAUGGAGGGAUUUCAUUAAGUACAGCUGAGUACCUUGGAAGCACAGUUCUACUUUAAAGCUGUAAUUAAUAAUGGCCAUAUACUUGGUAUUCUUGUUAGUAGCUGUAAAGCUUUCUUCAGCUUUUAGUCACUGUAAUUUACCUCCAUAUGAUUUUGACCAUUUCCCAGUUCAGAUAGUUGACUGAUCUAAACUGGUGUGGAUUUUAUUUGAAAGUUUCAGCUGUUACUACAGUUGUUUGUUUAUUUCCAUUGCAUUUUAAUCCUGAAGCCAUGACUGGUAGAGUGCUUUGGUUAAAGGCAAUUUAUGGAGCUUUUCAUCAGCUCAGUAAAUUGCCAGGUGUAUGACCAAAAAUCUGAGCGCCUGGUAGCUGCUGCAGCUGGAAGGGGAUGACCUCUUUUUACAAUGAACAGAUAGUCCCUGGGUGCACACGGCACUAAAUGUAAGUACUGCUUGCUGCGCUGUCCAGAUGCAGCAGCUGUCAGCGUUUCAUAAAGUUAGAGCAGCGGGACUGGAUGGUGCGCCUGUUUCUUUUACAUCUAAAAGCUGGAGCCUCAUGUGCUAGGGCUAAAUGCCCAGUGUGCAUAAGGCCAAAAUUAGCAAUGUCACCACAAACCCAGGGUUAUUGUAGUAUUUACUUAUAUAUAUUGUAAAAAGUGACAACAGGUACCAGAGGAAAGCUAAAGAGGUGAAAGUAUGAGGUAUGUUGCAGACUGGCUAAUAAAGAAUCGAUUCAGCAUUUGAUUUAUAUAUAUAUAUGUUGAAGGUAGCCCAUUGCUCUUUAAAAGAACAGGGACACACUGCAAGCAUAGCACAAUGGCAGCUGAAGACCUCCAGUGUGGUAAGGUGGAUUGGGGCAUUGAUGAGGCAGUGUGGCUUUCACAUAUAUUUCCAAAUGUAUGCAAAUAAAACUGCAGUUGAAAUGGUUAA